ACUGUGGCACUGCCAACUGCUCUGCCCACUCAGUUGCUCUGUCUAGCCCUAACACCAUGGCCCACGGACCCACUCAGUCCUGAAAACAGCUCAGCCAAAUCCCGAGCAGAGGGGCACCAUCUGGAAGGUUCUGGCCAGGUGCUGGGGUGGGCGGGCCAUCACGGGCAGUGGAGGGGCGUGGUGUGUAUGGCCCCGCCCCUGGGCGGGGCUGCCUUGUCUGCCGCAGAAGCCUUGUUGGAGGAGUCUGGCAGGUUGGUUGUUGAUCGGCAGAGUUGAGGAGUGGCCGUCGCGUCAGUUGUCCACACCAGGAUUGGACCUGAUCCCAAGCCUGGCUGGGGACACCGUGGCACAAACCAGGGGAUAGAGGAGCUGGCCAGCCACCCGCGGGGACCCAAAUGAAGCUUACUCCCCGUGGGGCCCGGGAGCCCGGAGGUCAGUGCCCCAGCGAGCAGUGGGUGGAGCCCACACACUGCCCGGCCCCUGAGGGCCACGCCGACCUUCACAGCCGCGGUCAUUCCCCCCGCCAGCCUGAGGCCUCUGUCCAUGACACUGACUUGGGUACUGGGGGUCUCACCCCGAGCCUCAGCUCUGCAGCUGGCAGUCAGCCUUGCGCCUCUCCAAGCCCCAAGCGCCUGGACCCACAGUGCCGCCUUGCAGCCAAUUCGGGAGAUGACCUUGGGGCCCCACAGGGCUCCAGAACUCCAGACAGUGAGCCGCUGCUGGGGGACAGAGACGAGGCUGGUGCUGGGUCCCUGACGGCAUCACAGGAGCAGGAGGAAGAGGAGGACCCCGGGGAAGGGGACUGCCCCAUCUGCACAGAGCCCUACAGGCCUGCAGAGCGCCAGCAGAUGCAACUGAACUGCGGCCAUAGCUUAUGCAUGGGCUGCCUGUACCAGCUGCUGGGCAUGGCUCCUGGUGCUGACCUGGGCCAUGUGCGCUGCCCAAUGUGCCGACAGAAGACACCCAUGCUGGAGUGGGAGAUCUGCCGCCUGCAGGAGGAGCUGCUGGAGGCUGAUGGGCCUCAGCGGCCGCCCCCCCCUCUGGCCCCCCCCCCUCUCCGGGGCCCUGGGCCCUGGGGUGCCCUAGAGCACCGCUACCACCUGCGUUUCCUGGCUGGGCCCGUGGGUGGCCGGGGCUGCCUCCCCUUCCUGCCCUGCCCACCCCGCCUGGGCACCUGGUUGUGGGCACUGCGAGAGCGUGGGCUCUGUGCCCGCCGCCUGGCGCUGCUGAGCCUGCUGGUACUUGAGCUACUGGGACUGCUGCUCAUCUUUAUGCCACUCAUGCUGCUGGGGGUGCUUUUCAUGCUCUUAGACCGCUCGGCCCACUGAGCAAAGCCCAGGAUGGCCCUGGACACCAGGGGCCUGCUGACCAGGCUGAAAAGCCUACGUUCAAACCCAAGACUCUGGCCUUCAAUCAAGACCUGCCAUUUCUGACUGUAUUUUUUUGUCUUUUCUUUUUUGGUACUGGGGAUCGAAUCCAGGACGUUGCACUUGUUAGGCAAGCGCUUUGCCACUGAGCUACAUCCCAGCCCAAGACCUGCCAUUUCUGAACCUAAAACCAGGGCUCAGGGCCACCCAAGAGCCUGACCCAGCCAUAGAGCCUAUGCUACCCUGCCCCCCAGACACUAGCCCAGCCCAAGGACACUACACCAAGGACAAGUGCUGAGAAAGGCUGGCCUCUAGCUUGCCGUGCUGAGCACUGCACUGGCCCCAGGCAGACACUGGGACACACCUCCCCCUUCCAAGGCAGACAGGCCUAGCAGGUGUACACUCCAGCUGUGGGCCCGUUCCCUCGAUAGGACGGGCUGCAAAUCCCCAUCCCACCAAGCCACCCCACCCCACCCCACCCCACCCCCUUGCCGUAUUCCAGGACAAACCAAAAUUGGUGAGUCCCUGAAGGCUUAGGCAGCUGGCAGGAGGUCCCUUCACUGCCCAUGUUCAGCCUGCAAGAGUGCCUCCAGGCUUCACCACCACCUGGACCAGGACCAAAGGGGUCAGCCCAGAGCAGCUGGGCUGGCACAAGGCCUGUGCUGCAAGGGCCCACCCAUGCCUUGGAGCCCCAGCUCCACCCCAACUGCCUGGACACCUUAUACCACUGAGCCUGGGGCCUCAUCUGAAGAACGGAGAUAUCUGGAGCCCACCUACAGCUUUUUUCUUUUUUUGUCCGUCAGGGGACUUGAACCCCGGGCCUGAGCUCUUUUGCUCAAGGUGCACACUCUACAACUUUUGAGUCACAGCUCCCCUUCUGGCUU